CCUGACGAUACAAAAUGAAAAUACUGUGUGGUCAGUAAGUACGUGUAAUCAGUACAGUGGUUUAGGUGUUCAUUUAAUAUAUUUUGUGAAAGUUUCAGUUAAAAAGAAUAUAAAAAUUAUUAUAUUCUUUUUAAAACUUUUGUUAUUGUCAAUUUUCCACAUUUUUUUUUAAAUGUACACACAGUGUUUUCAUCAACAAAAUUAUAUACCAUAUAAGUGAGGCAGAUGAUACGAAAAUUAAUUAUUCACUAUGGCGUCCAAAAUAAUAUUACUUUUUCUUACAACAUUUCUUUUGGCACAAGCAAUGUCUAUGAACAGAAAUAAUUAUAAUCUAGUACACAGAUACCAAAGUACAUAUGAAAAUGAUUGGCGUCCAGUAACACAUCAAGAAACAAUAAAAUAUAAACCUCCAACUUCUACAAAUAUUUGGACCUCAACAGUGCCUGUUUAUCCUGAUUUGAAAAAAUUACAAGAAUAUUUAGUAGAUCCAAAAAUAUUAAAACCACAAAAUAAUUAUGAAUCAAAAGAGAAUCAUCAGCCAAAAAUAUUAGGAAACUAUAAUCAUUUUACUCAAACAAAUAUGAAAUUGCUUCCUUCUGAAACUAGAAAAUAUUCAUUUCUUUUGCCCACAAAUAGAGAUCCUUUUAUUCUUCAAGAUAAUUCAUAUACAAGUAGAACAAUAAAACCAAAUAAUAAUAGAGAUGGAACACAAUUUUAUUCCAAUAUACCAAAAUCAUUUCUAAUGUCAGAAGUACAACAACAACCCACUAGGCAACAUUUUUUUACAGCUAAUAUCAAACCAUCAUAUCCAUCAGUUGAUCGACCAAUUGUAACAUACAUGAAUCAAAAUUUAAAUAAACCAUUUUCAGCACUUCCUAGUGUUGAAUUUAGUAAUAAAUUUUUAAACAAUAAUAGCGUUCAACAAUAUUAUAAUCGCAAUAUACAACCUGAAAAUUCAUAUUUUAGAAAUUCGAAUAAUAAUUAUAAUAUUAUUAAUCAAACUAAUUCACCAAAGAUUAAUAAAGAAAAUGAACCAAACAAUUUAAUUGAUGAAUAUCCGGAGAAAAAUUAUGUUACUGCAUUAUCAAAAAUUAAAUUAAAACCCGUUUAUCAAAAUUACAUGAUACCUACAAAAUUUUAUCCAUCAAAUUUAUUACCAAUGCAAGUAAAUUAUCUUCAUCAUUAUUCGACUAAUGUAAAGAAAAAUCAUUCAGAAAUAAAUACAGAAGAUAAUCCAAUUAUUUACACUAAUGCUAAUAGCAUAGAAAAAAUAUAUAACAAUAUGUUUCGUGGAACUUCAGUUAAAAACAAUAAAGAUUUAACAUAUAUUACACCAAAGUAUGAAAAUUUUACACAGAAGGAAGCAUAUUUACAAAAUACAACACCUGAUACGCAACAAUAUUUUCAAAGAAAAAUCAUUCCAGAACAUCAUACAAUACAAAAUAAAUACAGAGAACAAGAAAAUAUUGAUUCAAUACAAUAUAACGACAAUAAAAAUAAUAAUAAUAAUAACAACAACAACAAAAAUAAUAACAAUAAUAAUUAUUAUAAUAAUAACAAUAAUUAUAAUAAUAAUCGGGUCUCAACAUCACCAAGUAUAUUUCUGAAUCAAGAAUUGCCAAAACAAAAUGAAUUUUUAUCAAUUCAGAAUAAAUAUAACGAGCAAGAAGAGGAAUUAAAAGUCUAUGAAAAACAAGAGAGGAUUAAGGAUAGAAAAGAAAGUUUAAGAUAUUCAGAAAUUUCAGAUCAAACAACUCCUGAAAAAUACAAAUUUGGACAAGAGGUCGAGUUAGAGAAUGUCUUUCUUAAUCAGCAUAAUCCGCAAAAAAUAAAUAAAAGUCUUGAGUUCUAUGAAAAUGUUUUAUCAAAAAUACCUGUGACAAAUGGUUAUAUUGUAACGACUGAGUUACCUGUUACCUAUUAUGAAGCUACUCAUUCUCCUAUUAAGGACAUUCGGACAGAAACAUUUGCUUAUACAUCUACUUUAAAAUCAACAACGGAAUUGCAGGACAGUGGAAGGAAACCAGAGAGAGUAAAAAGUCAUCGUUUAGUUGGAAAACAUCGAAGAAGACCAAUAUCAGUAGCUCAAAAAUCUAUUACAACACCAACAAUUAACAUAAUUGCUUUAAAUCAAGAAACCACGACUAAAUUUGAAGCGAAAAAUAAAGAAGACGAAGAAAUUAUUACUGAAAUUAAUACAAAAUUAAUAAAUUAUAAAAAUGAUAGUAAAAUUGAAACAAAAAAAGAAUUCACUCAUACAACUGAAAAUCCCACAGAAGAAAUUGAAAAUAAUUAUCCAGUAACAGAAGAAUUGAUCGUUGACGAUAGAAAUAAUUAUGAAUAUAUAAUUGCUUCAACACAAACUUCAAUAGUAAAUAAUCAGGAUUUUAUAACAGAACCUUCAUUGAAAUUAUCAACAAUUAACAAUUACGAAAAAAUACACGAAACAGAUAAUAUUUUAACAACAACACCAACAGAUUUAUUCACCACAAAGCAUGAAUCAAAAAUUUUAUCAACUUCCCCAACGAUUAUGAGGACAACAUCUAAAAUUCGAUUUUCUAGACCUGCAAACACUUUAAGGCCACGAUUUAGCGUUAAAGAUUAUAAAAGUAAACUCGAUGAUAAAAAUAGAAAAUCAACAACUGAAUCAAGUACAGAAAAUAUUCAAAUUAAAAAAAAAUCUCCAUUAGACAGAAACAAAUUUGAGAAUACAAUCGGUGGUAGAUAUAAAUAUAUGUCAAGAAUAUCAUAUCGACCAAGUUCAACAACACCAUUAACAGAGAGCCAAGAAAAUUCGACUCAGAUUAGAAAAAAAAUUAAUAAAUAUUCACCAAAAGAAAGGCUAAAUCUUCUAAAUAUAUCUCGAGUCACUCCACCUACUUUUAUUACAUCAAAAUUAAAUAGUGCCGAAAAUCUGAGAGAAAAGAAUUAUUCUGGUGAACAUCGAAGUAAAUUAAAAGCACCAUCCUUAAUCAAAAGUGAAAUAGAUAUAGUCACACCGUCAAAUGUCGAUUUGAAAAUUACACCAAUUCACAAUAAUAGAACAAUAAAACCAAAUUUUAAUCUCUAUCGUUAUAAUUCAAAAGCAGGACUCAAAAGAAAUGAAACUUUAAAAAAUAAUAAUUUACCAACAUUAACAAGUGAACAAGAAGAUGAAUUAAUUUUAGAGAAAGCUUCACAAAGUGUAUCAGAUUUAACAAGUUCUGCAUCAUCAUUACACAAUAAAGCAAGUAUGUCUAAAAAAGUUUCACCAACGUCAGAUAAAACGGCAUUUUUAUCACAUUUUAAAUCAACAUAUGGCACACCUACUUUACCAAUUGAAGCAUUUUUCCACGAUUUAUCUGCUAUUGCGGACUGAUGAUUAAUAUAGUUUAAAUUAAAAUUUGUUUAGUAUUUACUGGAAAAAUAAAAGUGUUCAAAAUAAAAUUUCAACUAUGACAGAUUUUUUUUUAAAAUAAAAAAGAAUCACUGUAGGAAAUUUUAGACGAAUGUCGCAGACAAAGGUUUCUGAUUUAUAGGAUCUUUGACACUACCUUGGCUAUAUAGUUAAGUUUUUGUUAUAAUUUCAAAAAUUUUAUAAAUAAAAACAGAAAUUGUUUACACAUUUUCAUAUUUAUGAAUAAAAAUUUUUUGCAACA